AUGAGAAUUUUACACAAAUUGGGAAACAGUGUAUUUCAAACGGCUAGGAGAAGCUUCUCUUUGGUGACGAAGCAGGCACAUGAUUUUACGGCCCAAGGGUUGAACAAAAACAACGAAAUUAUAAAUGUGCAGUUAUCCUCCUACAUAGGGAAAAAGUAUUGCUGCCUGCUAUUUUACCCCUUAAAUUAUACCUUUGUAUGUCCAACGGAAAUAAUCGAAUUUAAUAAGCAUGUAAAAUCGUUUGAGGAGAAAAAUGUGGAGCUGUUAGGAAUAUCAGUAGACUCCGUGUAUAGCCAUUUGGCAUGGAAAAAUAUGCCAAUUGAAAAAGGAGGUAUAGAUAUAAAUAAAGAAAUAUCAAAAAUGUAUAAUGUGUUGUACGAGAAUUCUUUCGCAUUGAGGGGAUUAUUCAUAAUCGACUUACAAGGAAAGGUUAGACACCAAACGGUUAAUGAUUUACCUCUUGGAAGAAGUGUAGAUGAAGUUUUAAGGACAAUAGAUUCCAUUAUUCAUGUGGAUAAGAGUGGUGAUGUGUGUCCAAUUAACUGGAAAAAGGGAGCCAAGUCGUUUAAGCCAACCAAUGAUUCUCUCUUGGAUUAUUUAAAAACAGAGGUGAAGAAGGAAUAG